GGUUUUCCGUCGAGCCGCUGGAGCUGUGGCGCGGUAGUAAAACAAAAGACAGUCGACCAUAGCUGAACCUUCAUUAUUGUGGAUAUUAUUCUGUCGGAGUUUAUUGUUUUCUCAUCGCAUGAGCUCGAUUUCCUCAGUAUUGUCUACAUUGUUCAGAAGACCAUUCUUUGGACUGAAAUGACAUGAAAGGAGCCUGAUACUGGACAGUGAGUAACUUAUUGUGUAAUGAGUUAGCCUCCUAGCUAAUAGCCUGCCAGACCAUAUUAUAGCACUGGAACGACUACACGUAAACGUUUCCGGUUUCCUACGCAUUGCUUCAUAAGUCUGGCAAUACAGGCGAUAUUUCAGGGUUGAUGUUUAUGGAGCAAGCGUCCCAUUUUUGCGGGAGCCGCAGAGCCUCCGUGUGGGGCCCGAGGACCAUGUUCCGUCCUGGAGGAGAGACGUCGACUCGUAGGAUGGGGACAUCCCUGCUCUUCCACCUGUCGGUUCAUGAGCGAGAGUUGGACCUCGUGUUUCUUGACCACAGCUAUGCCAAACCCUGGAACGCCCACCCGGAUGCCAGCAGCGCGCGGCCCACCCGCAUGCUGUUCGUCACCCCGCGGCGGCAGCCGGAGCCUUCUGUUGAUUCGGACAUUUCCAUCGACGUAGAGAUGGUCACACCCACUCCAAUGCCUCUCUAUGACAAUCAGAAAGCCCACAGUGUGAUGAACGAGUGUGAACGUCACGUUCUGUUUGCCCGAACCAUCGCUGACGGACCACCUCCUCCCGAUGAUUGGGAAGAACACAUCAACAAAGCUGGCUGGUCAUUGGCUCAGAACAAGCUCUUCAAUAAAGUAUUGAAAGCACUGCAUGCAGAAAGACUCAGCAGACUGGCCAAUGAGGGUGCUUGUAAUGAACCGGUCUUACGCAGGAUAGCUGUGGAUAAAUGUGCUCGUAAGGUCCGCCAUGCUCUGGCCAGCAUCAACUGGGACAUAAAGCUGACACAUUGGCUUCACAGCACACUUGUGGAGUCUUUGAGUCUUGCUAUGCUGGCGGCUUACCUUGAUGUAUUGCAGACACUCAAAAGCAAGGUACCAUCCCUGAUCGACAAGAUGUUGCUGUCAUCCUCUGUAAAAACAGGAGCGGCAGGGUCUGAGGCUCUUUCUCUGCUCCUUAAGCGGCCAUGGGACCCUGCUGUGGGUGUGCUAUCACACAACAAACCAAGUAAACUUCCUGGAUGCCCCCUGAUCCUGAUAGCUCCAUCAGGACCAACAAACCCCGCCUUCUCUACCUCUCGACGAAUGAGAUUCUGGCAAUCUCAGCUCUCCUGUCUAGGGAAGGUCAUUCCCAUUAACGCUCAUGUGGGCAGUGGAGCCAACAUCGGAAUCACGCAGUGUUUAGAGCACAUGAUCGGCACAGUCAGAGGAAAAGUUAUUGAGGUUCACAGUCACUUUCCUCACAAGCCGAUCAUCUUGGUGGGCUGGAAUGUGGGCUCAUUGAUCUCUUGUCAGGUGUCCCUUAUGGAGUAUGUGACUGCUGUUGUGUGUUUAGGUUUCCCUCUCCAAACCGUCAAUGGGCCCCGAGGGGAUGUUGAUGAUCCACUGUUGGACAUGAAGACUCCAGUGCUGUUUGUGGUCGGUCAGAACGCUCUUCAGGGCAGUCCUGAGAACAUGGAGGAGUUCAGGGAGAAGAUUCAGGCUGAUAACAGCAUGGUAGUUGUUGGAGGGUCAGAUGAAAACUUGAGGAUCAACUCCACUAAGAUGAAGACAGAAGGCCUGACGCAGACCAUGGUGGAUCGCUGCAUUCAAGAUGAGAUAGUUGAUUUUCUGACAGGAGUUUUGACCCGUACUGAGAGCCAUGGCCACGGCUCUGGUGAAACUCGAGAUUUGGAUGCCGAGAAGAAGAAGAAACCACGUCGUGAGCUGCCCUUUGACCUUGAGAGGUCACGACCCUCUUCACCUGCUGUGAGGGUACCUAUCUCCCCAUCGGGGUCAGAGGAUAUGUCCAGUGUCUGCAGCAGUCCUACAGCCAGUCCCAAACCCAAGAUGGUCGGACUUUCUCCAGCUCAGAAAUCCAGUCUCAUUACUGCCACACAGCUGCUGAAGACCCACAUGCAGCGCUCAGGAACUGUGCUCACACACAAACAAGCACAAGCUCAGUUCGCUGCUUUUAUGAAACACAAUAUGCUGGUGAAGAAAAGCAUUCCUCCUGGCAGCCCAUCAUGUCUCUUUGUGCCGUUGCCCAGUGAGCAGGUGGAGGGUUUGGACCGAGACGAUCUGAGGCUCCACCUCAAGAGAAGACAGACUCCUAGUCCCACUCCCACCAAAGCCUCCAAAAGAGCCAAGAUCAAAGUCACCAUCAUCUCCCACGGAGACACGGCGGGAAGCACGGCUGGAUCCACUUCUCAGGACGUGGGUUUGUCAGGAAAGCCCCUUGGACUGACAGUGGGCCAGACGGUAUCAGGGGCCAAAGAGCUGUCGGAGCUUCUCAGUGCACAAAGGUCAGGUUUGGCAGACGUGCCUGGAGCUUUGUGUUCCAGUGAAGGGCCGUUUCACAGCCUGCAGGGGAGCGUGAUGUCCGGUUCUUCCUCUCCUGUCCAGGCUCAGGCCCCUGCCACUGCACAAGGACUGAAAGCUCCCACCACUAUCACGGUGACGUUGCGCGGGCAGCCCAGCAGAGUUCCCGCUUUCAGCCACACAGGGGCGCUCCAGACCACCAGUGACCAGAAACUCUGAAAUGGGCUUCAUUCACACUUCCAAUGAGCAUCCAAAGAUGAAGCCAGAGGAAUCAAACCGGGGUUGAAGACUAAAAAGACUGCUGAUUUGCCUUACAACCUGCAAGAGCGCCAUCUAUAGACACUUUCUUGCUCACAUGGACUGAAAACUUGACUUAAUCAUUUGUCUAUUUUUUAUUAUUUCCCUUAUUCUGUUACACUCUGGCUGUACAACACAAUGGGAAAUUUUCCUAUUGUAUUUAGUAUUAUUAUUAUUAUUAUUUGUCCCCCCCCCCCAUUUUAAUAUAUUUUUCCACACACCAAUUCUUUAU